UCAUGAACACCAUUUGCUGUUCAACAUCUACCUAUCUACCUUCUACAAAAGUUGGAAGAUUAAACACAUUCAAUUGAAUCCCCACACUUGAAUAAUGAAGAAUUGUCAUGACGCGGCAAGGGUAACCACACGGCAGUUUUCUAAGCCCAAAGUGUAUUAGUGCUCCACUCGCUUAUUUAGUGCCCCUCAUUGAAGGAAUAUUAUCUGACUUGACAACAGAAAUAAUGAUGAUAUAUUAGCAAAAAAGUUCUGAUCCCGUGAUAUCAUUACCCCUCCUUCUCCACAAAUCAUAACACCUUCCUUCAUUCUACUCCAUGAGGAAUCUACAUCAUUCAUUCCCAUUUUUGUCUGACCUGUCAUCAUUGAUUGAGCGCUCAGACUCUUUGCUUUGAAUUUAUUUGUAUGAGUAUCGAGAGUAUCUCUUAAGGUUGGUUACUUACUUUAUGCGUUGCCAGAUUCGGAGUUCCCCUCUUUUGACAAUGACACGGCGACUUGGAAAUGUAUGUUUACUGUACUGGUGUUGGUUGCUGUUUGUUGUUUGAGGGAGAGGGAGAGGGAGAAGAAGGGAAGGGGAAGGGGAAGGGGAAGGUGAAUGGUAUCAGCCUUAUAUAUUGUAAUCUUACAUUCUGGAUAGAUAAAUGCAUCUUGAUUAUUCGGCGGGGAAGUUGGAUGGGGUGUACGUACUGCGUACUAGGUAGGUAGGUAGGUAUUAUCAGAUCAGACGAUCUUGGGUGUUGGAAACCUUUCGGGAUGGGGGAGUGGGAGAUGAAUUGCUUGGAUGAAGAUGAUAUCAGCGUGUUUGUCUGGAUGGGUUUGCGGAUGUUGUGCGUUGUUUGUUGAUUGGUGUAGUGAGAUGUUGAGAUAUUGAGAUAUUGAAGUUUCUCUUUUUGAGGAUUGUUUUGUAGAUUUUGGUACGGAGUGAUAGGUAUCAUUUUUGAGGGCUUUGUGACUCGUUUACUCGUUUGAUGAAAUCUUGAAGGGUCUUUGAUUGUCUACCUGCUGAGAGUCGAAGACUUGGAUAUUCAAAAGCGGAAUUUGGGGAUGAUUUCACUGGGUAACUCUACAAAUAAUGUAAAGAUGGAUGACCCGAAGCAAAAUCUAAAGAUUUGUGUUAUAGGUGCAGGAAUGGCAGGCUUGACAUCAGCCUUGGCUUUGAAGAAAGAAGGAUUUAAACAUGUAGAGUAG